AUGAAAUCGGUGAUUUUCAUCUCGUUUUUGCUCCUAUUACAAUUGUGUUCUUCAGGGUCUGAGGAGGACCAUGGAGUUACUCAUACUGAUCAAUAUUCCAAGGAGAAGAUUGAGGAGAGUAUUGAGACACUGAUGGACUAUCCAAAACCCGGUCCCAAUGACCCUGGUAGUGGGCAUCGUUUUCGUACACCGCCUGGUCGUCCUCCGCAUCCUAUGAGUAACCCAUAA